AUGCCUUUAAAGACUUCAAAACAGGAACUCAUGGAAUUCUUAGAACUGUUGGGCUGCAGUGAGAUUUUCUUUUUUGAUAAUGUUCAAAGUGCAUUGGAGGUGUCGGUGACCAUGGCGUUUUUUGAAGCUUCGAGGUAUAUCGAAGACCGGACGAUUGCUCAGUCAAAUCACCAAGAACCGUUGGAGUUGCAGUUAGCAGUUGCAUUGAAUCAAUUGGGAACUUAUGGAAAUGCAUCCAGCUCCGAGAAUAUAGCUACAAAAUUUGGAUUGUCACAUGCUUCUGUCAACAAUUAUACAAACCGUAUUAUUGAAGGUUUAUUGGCCAUAUCAGAUGAUUGGAUUAGGUGGCCAAAUGAAGAUGAGAGAAGAAGAAUCAGCAACGAAAUGUUUCAGAACGGUUUGCCUAAGUGCGUUGGAUUUGUUGAUGGUUCUCACGCUCCUUUCUUCAAAGCCCCCAUGGAAGAUAAAGAAACGUAUUGGUCUCGCAAAAAAGAAUAUUCCCUUCAGUUUCAAAUUAUUUGUGACCCGAACAGAAUAAUACGACAUUUCUAUACUGGAUACCCAGGAAGUGUACACGACGCCAAGGUGUUUGCUGCAUGUGACAUUGCGAAGAAUCCUAACCAUUUUUUCAGCCCUGGGGAAUAUAUCAUAGGAGAUUCAGCAUAUCCAAAAUCUGAAACUGUCGUUGUUCCUUACAAACGACGACAAGGUCAAUUUACUCAGACGCAAAGAGCUUUUAACAAGUAUAUCUCAAGCCAUCAAAUUGCUGUAGAACACACCAUUGGACUCUUGAAGGGACGAUUUCAAAGUUUGAAACAGAUUCGUAUUCAAAUUGACCGAAAUGGCCACUGUCAAGUGUUGCCGGGGGAUAAAAGCGUGUGUUGUCCUGCACAACAUUUUAAUCCACAGGGACCCAUGGACUGA